AUGUCCGUCCUCUUCACCGGCGGCACCAUAGCCGGCGGCUCCAUCUACGGCGCACUCGACGACACGCAAUACGGGCAGCUCAGCCAAACCGGCGAAGACAUCAUAGCACGCAACCCGUACCUGCUCAACAACACGCAACUCGCCGUGUCCAACUGGACCACCGAAGACGAUGGCUCCACGGGCACAAACGACGCUCUAGUCAUGAACAUGACGCGCUUCGCACACGACGCGCUCUGUUCACCCGACAGCGACAUCGUAGGCGCAGUAUACACGCACGGCACGAAUUCGCUCGAAGAAACAGCAUUCCUCAUGGACUCACUGAUCAACUGCGGAAAACCCAUCGUCGGGACAGGCAGUAUGCGGCCCUUCACCCACCUCUCCUGGGACGGAGAAGCGAAUUUCUUCGACGCAGUCAUGCUAGCUGCGAGUCCCGAGUCGCGGAAUAGAGGACUCAUGGUAGCUUUCAACGCACGUAUCAUACCUGGGUAUUGGGUCACGAAAUUGCAUUCGACUAAUCCGGAUGCUUUUGGUCCUACGUCUGGUGGUGAUUUGGGCAUCUUCAUUAACAGUUUGCCGGUUUUCUUCAAUACGCCGAGUCAGCCGCUGUGGAAGUACUAUUUCGAUGUUGGGACUGUGAGUGCGUAUCCGACGUAUCCGACGUUGCCGAAGGUGGAUAUACUGUACGCGGCCCGCGAGUUUGAUGGAAAGUUGGUACUGGAUGCGCACGCCAACGGCGCGGAUGGUGUUGUUAUUGCCGGGACUGGAAAUGGCGGUGUGCCGAAUGGCGGAGACGAGAUUGCCGAAGCGAUGGAGAAGGGGCUUCAAGUCGUUGUUGGGACCCGCAGUCCGCAUGGGCCGUCGAGUCCAGCGCGGAUACCUUCGUUUGCAAAGUCGGGAUUUGUGCAUCCUAUUCAAGCGAGGAUUAUGCUGCAACUGGCGAUUGCGAGUGGGAUGAAUAUGAAUCAGACGAUUGAUGUGUUUGAAGGGGGGUUCAGGAAAGCCAUUGGACAGCCUUGGAGCCCGGGGAGUUGA